AUGGUGAAGAAGAAGAGAAGAGCAAUGGAUGCCAUCAACGUGAUCACCUUCGCGAACAUCUCAAACGUGUCGGUGGAGUUGGCAUUGUGGGAGAGAGCGAAAGAAACAGAGAAAGAGAGAAGUGGUGAGACAACUAGCAAAAGGAGUGGAGGAGAGUUGAGAAGUGAGAGGGAAAGAGUGAAGUUCCAUACCCUCAUGCCGAAGAAGAGAAGAACAAUGGAAAGGUGA